UGCCCACACAUUGAAAGUGAUUCACGCCUUCACUGAAGCUCCUCCCACAGCCAUUAAUCAAUAAAUUAACCAACAAACCAGCAGGAGAAAGAAUCCAGCUGAAAUCUUCAAGACAGACUGUUGUUGGAGUUGAUGUGAGAGAAACUUGAGAACAUGAGAGAUUCAGAACCAUGCAGGAUGGAAACUGAAAGAGCCGAGGAACAAAGAGAUACUAUGGAAGUGAUAAAGGACAGUCAAGAUGAGCUGAAUGAAGUUGACAAGAAACAUCAACGUUUAAAAACAAAGCAGAAAGUUUCACAUAAAAAAACAGGAGCCAAAAUGUCUUUCAGUUGCACCGAGUGUGAAAAGAGUUUCUCAAAAGCUGGACACCUUGCAGAUCACAUGAAAACCCACGCUAAGAAGAAGACUUUUACAUGCCGUCUGUGUGGGAAGGGCUUCGCCAUUAAAAAAGUCCUUGAAAGACACAUGAAAAUUCACAGCGGAGAGAAACCUUUCACAUGCCAUCAAUGUGAAAAGAGUUUUACAGAGAAAGGUAACCUUAAGAGACACAUGAGAACGCACACUGGAGAGAAACCUUUCACGUGCCAACAGUGCGGGAAGAGCUUCACCAAUAAAUCAAGCCAAAUGAUGCACAUGACAAUUCACACCGGAGAGAAACCUUUUACGUGUCAUCAAUGUGGAAAGAGUUUCACACGAGAAGUGAAUCUUAAGGUACACGUGAAAAUUCACCGUGGAGAUAAUAUUUUCACAUGCCAUCAGUGUGAAAAGAGUUUCUCAAGCGAACGUUACCUUAAGACACACAUGAGAAUUCACACUGGAGAGAAACUUCCCUCAUGCGAUCAGUGUGGAAAGAGUUUCGCAGAUGAACGUUACCUUAAGAUACACGUGAGAACGCACACUGAAGAGACACCUUUCGUAUGCCACCAUUGCGGAAAGUGCUGUAUAUCGGAAAGUAUCCUUAGGGUUCACAUGAGAAUUCAUUCUGCCGAGAAACCUUUUUCAUGCAAUCAGUGUGAAAAGAGUUUUAAAUGUAAGAGUAGCCUUGAGACGCACAUUAAAACUCAUACUGGAGAGAAACCUUUUGCAUGCCUUCAGUGUGGAAAUAGCUUCGCAGACAAAGGCAACCUUAAUAAACACAUGAGAAUCCACACCGGAGAGAAGCCUUUCAAAUGCCAUCAGUGUGAAAAAAGCUUUUCAGACAAAGGCCGCCUUACCAGACACUUACAGGUGCACACUGGAGAAAAACAUUUCACGUGCCGUCAGUGCGGGAAGGGUUUCAGGGAUAAAUCGCACCUUGAGAGACACAUGAAAAUUCAUAGCGGAGAGAAAGCUUGCAAAUGCCAUCAGUGCGGGAAGGGUUUCAACGAUAAAGCAGACCUCAUGAGACACGUGAGAAUUCACACUGGAGAGAAACCAUUCAUAUGCCAUCACUGUGCAAAGACUUUUACGGAUAAAAGUAAUCUUCAGACCCACUUAAGAAUUCACACUGGAGAGAAACCUUUUACGUGCCAACAGUGUGGAAAGAGUUUUAUAAAUUCAAGUAACCUCAAGAAACACAUGUUAGUUCACACUGGAGAGAAACCGUAUGCAUGUAAUCAGUGUGAAAAGAGUUUUACAAGUAAUGAUAACCUUCAGAAACACAUGGUAAAACAUUACAAUGUGAAUUGACAUUGUUGCAGUAUCACUACCAGGGCUUGACAUUGACUUUAUUACUCAUUAGCUACAGUGGUUUUCCAAAGUUACUAGCCACUCAGUAUUUUCACUGGCCAUUUUACCCUUGGGGUCUAGGUCCCAUACCAGAAGACUUGGGAAGGGAACUACAGUAAUCAAUUCUGUUCAUUGCAUAGCCUGAAGGCCAAAUUAAGGGAAUAAAUUAAUCAAUUCUGUUUUUCAUUAUUUGGCCUUAUUUGGCUCUUAUUCAAAAUAUAAUCAAUGUUUCCGUAAGCAACUUUGUUGUGAUAUUUUAAUUUCUGUUUUUAUUCUUAUUUUAAUUGUUUAAUGCUUUGACUGUACUAACAGAACAGGCAUGCCAAUAAAGUGCUUUAAAUGUAAUUGAAAGUAGGUAAUUUUUGGAAUUUGGCUAUUGCAACAUUAUGAAUAAAUUCUGCUGAAUUGAAUGAAAUAAACAUUUAAAAAUAAAAAGUGAAAUCAUAAUGAGAAAUAUUGAAGAAAUAAUUCAGAAGUAUACACAAGCAUUAAAAUAUGGACAAUAUGGUGCAUCUUUACUUUUGUUCAACUCGGAUAUCCUUUUUAAGCUGUCGGAAAAAACAGUUAACCUGUGAUUUUAAUCUUGAACUUUUGUGACUUUUUCUCAUUUAUGGCCAUGAACAUGCAUGCAAAGUUUGGACACGCUGAUAUGUUUUGAAGUGUACCCAAAUAAUUUUGUAACGAUUUUGAUGUUCGCAGGUCAAUUUGACCCGCAUAUUUUUUGUUCCAAAGCAAC